GAGGAGGGGGAGGAGAGGAGAAGGAUUGGAGCGCGCGGGCGCGGGAUUCGCAGCAACCAACCGUUACCUGCUCAAUACUCAAAAUGGUGGAAGGCUGAUGCUCUCUCUUUAUUUCCUGAAGACGGCCGGCGUAUAGGCUCAGCUUCUUUCUCUAUUAUUUCGGAUAAUACUUCACACAGAAUUUAUUGCUUUGAAUUGUGAGAAUGACAUUCGGCAGGCGGACGUACACUAUUCAUGUAAUAUAUGAUAUUGUUUGAUCUCUCAAGAUUUCCACUUAUUUUCGUGACUGGUUAUUAAUGCUAAACAUUCUGAAGAACAGUAAAUUUAUGCUUGUGUCUAGUCGUCCUCGGACUUUAUUCCCACAUUUUGAAUCUUUAUCAACAAUGAGUGACGAUGAUUACAUGGCUAAUGGGGGUGGAGGUGGACACCCUAAAAAGAAACUUACAGUUGAGAAAAUCUACCAGAAGAAGUCCCAGUUGGAACAUAUCCUUCUACGUCCUGACACAUACAUUGGUUCUGUUGAGCCGGUCACAGAAAAUAUGUGGGUGUAUGAUCGGUUAAGUGAAGGCAUGGUUCAAAAAGAUAUUACAUAUGUACCUGGUCUGUACAAAAUAUUUGAUGAAAUCUUAGUGAAUGCUGCAGACAAUAAGCAAAGAGACAAGAAAAUGGAUUGCAUUAAAAUCACGAUAGAUCCCGAACAAAAUCUAAUAUCUGUUUGGAACAAUGGUCAAGGUAUACCAGUCGUUGAACAUAAGGAAGAGAAAAUGUAUGUUCCUACUAUGAUUUUCGGUCAUUUGCUCACCUCCUCUAAUUAUGAUGAUGAGGAGAAAAAAGUCACUGGUGGUCGUAAUGGUUAUGGCGCCAAACUUUGCAACAUUUUCAGUACCAAGUUUGUGGUAGAAACAUCAUCUAAAGAGUAUGGAAUGCAUCUCAAACAGACAUGGGGUAACAAUAUGGCCAAGGCUGGAGAGCCUAAAUUGACAAAAGCUACUGGUGAAGACUUUACCAAAAUCACUUUCAGUCCUGAUCUUACGAAAUUUAAAAUGGACUCCUUGAGUGCAGGCAUUGUUCAGCUAAUGGAAAGGAGGGCUUUUGAUGUUGCUGCUUCUUCCAGAGGUGUGAAAGUCUAUCUCAACGGAGAAAGAUUAAAGAUUAAUAACUUCAAACAAUAUUGUGAAUUGUACUUGAAAGGGAAGGAAGAUGAUGUUGGAAACCCUGUGAAAAUUAUUUAUGAAAAUGUGAAUGAACGGUGGGAGGUAGCAGUUGCAAUAUCUGACAAGGGCUUCCAACAAGUCUCUUUUGUGAACAGCAUAGCUACAACAAAGGGUGGUCGCCAUGUGGAUCAUGUUGCUGAUAGCAUAGUGAAGAACAUCACAGAAGCAAUUAAAAAGAGAAACAAAGGUGGAAUAACAAUCAAGCCACAUCAAAUCAAGAACCAUAUGUUCAUAUUUAUCAAUUGCUUGGUAGUCAAUCCAACGUUUGACUCACAAACCAAGGAAAACAUGACCUUGCAAGUGAAAAGCUUUGGCUCAAAAUGUGAAAUGAGUCCAGCAUUCUACACUCAAAUUUCCAAAAGUGGACUUGUAGAUGCUGUUUUAACAUGGGCUAAAUUCAAACAGCAGACUGAGCUCGCGAAGAAGGGGGGAAAGAAAUCAUCCCGAUUGAAGGGUGUUUCCAAGCUAGAAGAUGCCAAUGAUGCUGGAACUAAGAAUUCUAUUGAAUGCACUCUCAUUUUGACUGAGGGAGAUUCAGCUAAAACCUUAGCUGUUUCAGGACUUGGUGUUGUCGGUAGAGAUAGGUAUGGAGUGUUCCCACUUCGUGGUAAGCUAUUGAAUGUCAGAGAAGCUUCCCACAAACAGAUAAUGGAUAAUGCGGAAAUUAAUGCUUUGAUCAAGAUCAUAGGCCUGCAACAUAAGAAAAAGUAUGAGAAUGUAGAUGAUCUAAAAACUCUUCGAUAUGGCAAGCUCAUGAUCAUGACUGAUCAGGACCAGGAUGGUUCCCAUAUAAAAGGCUUAUUAAUUAACUUCAUUCACUAUUUCUGGCCUUCUUUGCUGAGGUUGCCAUUUCUGGAAGAAUUCAUCACUCCCAUUGUUAAAGCUAGAAAGGGCACAUCAGUAUUAUCAUUUUUCUCUCUUCCUGAAUUUGAAGAAUGGAAAAAGGAAACAAACAAUUGGCAUACAUGGCGUAUAAAGUACUACAAAGGUUUGGGUACAUCUGAUUCCAAUGAGGCUAAAGAAUACUUUUCUGAUAUGGAACGCCAUAGGAUUAAAUUUAACUACAAAGGUACUGAAGAUGAUAGCAACAUAUGCAUGGCUUUUGCCAAGAAAGAGGUGGAGAAGAGAAAGGAGUGGCUCACAAAUUGGAUGGAAUCUUCUAAGAGACGUCAAGAGCUUGGUCUUCCUGAAGAGUACCUUUAUGGAAAAACUACCAAAGCCGUUAACUUUUCUGAAUUUGUAAACAAAGAGUUGGUUCUUUUUUCCAACAUGGACAAUGAACGUUCUAUCCCUAGCCUUGUUGAUGGCUUCAAACCUGGCCAAAGGAAGGUAAUUUAUACUUGUUUAAAAAGGAAUGACAAGAAAGAAGUAAAAGUGGCUCAGUUAGCUGGUUCAGUAGCAGAACAUUCAGCUUACCACCAUGGUGAAGUCUCACUCAUGGGAACGAUUGUCAACUUAGCUCAAAAUUAUAUUGGUAGCAACAAUAUUAAUCUUCUUAUGCCCAAUGGUCAGUUUGGUACACGUCUCACUGGAGGUAAAGACUCUGCCAGUGCUCGUUACAUCUUCACCAUGCUUCAUAAACUAUCAAAAGCUAUUUAUCAUCCUGCGGACACACCUCUCCUCAAGAACUUGUUUGAUGACAAUCAAAAAAUUGAACCACAAUGGUACUGUCCAAUUAUCCCAAUGGUUCUUGUCAACGGAGCUGAUGGAAUUGGUACUGGAUGGAUGACAAAAGUCCCAAACCAUAAUCCCCGUGAAAUAAUUCAGAAUAUUAAGCGCAUGAUUCAUGGAGAUGAACCUGUUCCCAUGAAACCCUGGUACAAAAAUUUUAAAGGAAUUAUUCAAAACUUAGGAGACUGUAGGUAUGUCUUCUAUGGAGAAGUAGCUGUGCUUGAUGAAGAAAAGGUAGAAAUCACAGAGCUCCCUGUCCAUACUUGGACAACACCUUACAAAGAAUCUGUGCUGGAGCCUAUGCUUAAUCCCCCAGGAGAAAAGGCUACUCCAUUCAUCACAGAUUAUAAAGACUAUUGCACCGAUACCACUGUCCGCUUUGUGGUAUCACUUCCAAAGGCAAACCUUGAAAAAGCUGAAAGGGAUGGGCUACACAAAACUUUCAAGCUGCAGACAACAAUGAGCACUUCAUCUAUGUGUCUGUUUGAUGACAUGAAUUGUCUGCGUCGUUUUGAGUCAGUUGUACAGAUAUUGAAAGAGCACUACAGAGUACGUUUUGACAUGUACAAGAAACGUAAGGCAUACAUGGAAGGUUUCCUAGAGGCAGAAGGCAGGAAAUUGAGCAACCAAGCUAGGUUCAUUUUGGAGAAAUGUACUAAUAAAAUAGUCAUUGAAAACAAGAAAAAGGUGGAAAUGAUCAGGGAAAUUAAAGCCCGUGGGUAUGAUCCAGACCCAGAACGAGUCUGGAAGAAGAAGCAAGAUGCAAUGGCCCUUGUUGAGGAAGAUGGAGCUGAUGCUAACACAGCUGAUGAGACUCCUGCUGAUGAUGAUGAUUCUGCGAUGUACACAUACUUGUUAGGUAUGUCUCUGUGGUCUCUCACCCACGAAAAGAAAGAGGAGCUAAUAAGAAAGAGGGAUGAGAAACUUCAGGAACUCAAGGACUUGCAGAAAAAGAGUCCUUCAGAUUUGUGGGAAGCAGAUCUUGAUAACCUUUUGAAACUAAUGGAUGAGUGUGAGGAAGAAGAAAAGGAGGCUAGCGAAGUCAAGAUUGUGCCUAAGAAGCCAAAGGGUGCUGGUGGCGGUCGUGCUAAAAAGGCUCCUCAGGUUACUACUCAGGACUGCCUUCCGGACCCCUAUGGUCGUCGUGUUGUGCCUGAAUUAGAUGAUGAAAUGAAAAAGAAAGUCGAGAAGCUGGAUGCUGCAAAAUCAAGACCACCUGGCACAAAAGGAAGAAAACGGAAGAGUGAUGGAGGAGCAGCUGAUGAGAAGGAUGACAUAGAUCUUCUCAUUCAAGGCGCUUCUAAAUCUUUAAAAGAUCGCAUCGGUACAUCACCAGAUGCAAUUGAAAAGAAAGCUAAAGGCACUCUGAAGCAGUCUAAGCUCAACUUUAAGAAGACCUCUCCGAAAAAGAAAACUAAGGAAUGGGAUUCUAAUGAAUCUGGGAGUGACGAUGUGCUCUUUGGAGAUUCCCCUUCUCCUGUGAGAGACAGAGGGCCAAAACGCACUGCUGCAAGCAAAGCUAAUUUUAAACAUUUGCUGGCUAGUGAUGAAUCAGGCUCAGAUGAUGAUGACAGGCCUGCUUUGAGGGACACUAAUGGUGAUGCUGAAAAAAUUGUGGUUAGUGAUACUGACAGUGAAUUUGAGCAGACAAAUCCUCCCAAAAAAGCAGCUGUCAAACCUAAACCUAAACCAAAACCAGCUGCUUCAUCAGAAUCGGAGGAAGAGGAUGUGUUUGCUGAAAAGCCGAAACCUAUUAAGGCAGCUCCUUCAAGACCAUCAUCGGAUCAAAUGUUUGAUAGCCUUAUAAAAGGCAGUACAGAUUCUCAAGAAGACGAAAUCAUAAGUAGUAAAGGUGCUUCUAGCAAAUCCAAGGCUUUGGAAUCAACAUCAGAUUCUGAAGAACCAAAGAAAAAGAAAGCACCAGCCAAGAAACGGACACUGUGGACGUCUGAGGACAAACCUGAGAAGAAAAAGGCACCGCCCAAAAAGAAGCCUAAGAAAGUAUCAGACUCAGAGGAUGACAUCUUUGAGAUUGGAGGAAAUAAAAACAAGAAAAAGGCUGAUUCAGACAGCGAGUUUGAAAUGUCUGAACAGAAAGCCAGUUCAAAAGCUACUACUGGACGGUCUAGGAAACCAGUUUCUUACAAUUUUGGAGAGAGUGAUGAAAGUGAUUAGUUUUUGUAUGGCUUCCACUCUACCACUUGAAUCAUGUAUUUGAUGCUAUUGUUAUUAUUUCGUGGUACCUGUUUUAACAUAUUUCUGUAGGUUGUGACUUUCCUUUACAAUGUGUAAAUGUUUGGAAAAUAUUUUAGUGAAUCCAUAAGAUAGUAUUGUAGGACUGGAUCAAUUCACUUCUAUAAGUAAGGCUUCUGGUUAUUUUUGGUUAAUUUCAUAAGCUGGAAAAAAUUACAAUGAGACAUCAAGAUUUGUUGUUUUGUGGUCAAGAAUAAGUACUUAAGGCCUGUCUUGAUAUAAACUUGUGUUUUCUGCAGGCUUAGUAAAAUUUAUUUAUUGCUGUAUUUUAUUGAUGUAUGAUUUUGUGACAUUAGCAUUCCAGUAACAUUUUGAUUGAUACACAUUUGUAUGUACAUAUUAUUUCCAUAAUUUAUGAACUAUCCAUCACUCUCAUUGUUGAGCUGCGUCCAGACAAGAGGGUGGCUUGGGCUGCUUGGGUCGCUGUGGGGUCUCUGAGUCUGCGCAGAGAACCAAAACGCGGCCUCUGCGCCGGCUCAAAGACCCAAGCGACCCUCUUGUCUGGACACAGCUUUGGUCAUUUCUUUUUCCUUAGAUUGUCUACUGCAUUUUCACAUUUUUAACUGGAAAGCUGAUCAAAAAAAUGCAUUCUUUUAUUGCCCGAUUUCUUUAUUGUAUAAACAGUUACUGUCAGUUAAUUUGUAUGUCUUUGAAAUUAUUGUAAGUAAAACAUGUAAUAAAGAAAAAAUUAUAAAUGUUGAUUUAUAAUUUUUUCUUUAAGGUAUGGCCUAUCGUUUUAGUUUUAAAGUUUUAAACUGCAAUUGCAGUUACCUUUUAACAAUCUAAACAACCAAUAAACAAUAAAAAUCCCUUGAA